AUCGCCGGUCCGCUGUGUCCCUCGGACACAGUGGAUCACGGAAAGAGCCGAAGAUGUCGGCUUGGUCAUGUGAUCAGCUGUGUCCAAUCACAGCUGAUCACAUGGGACAUGUACACUGAUCAUCAGGGCACUGAUGAUCAGUGUGCCCUGAUGAUCAGUGUGGCCCCAGAAGUGCCACCUGCCAGUGCCCAUCAGUGCCACAUGCCAGUGCCCAUCAGUGCCACAUCAAUGCCACAUAUCAGUGCAUACCAGUGCACAUCAAUGCCACAUAUCAGUGCCCAUCUGAGCUGCCUUUCAAUGCCACCCAUCAGUGCCAGUCAGUGCCACCUACCAAUGCCAAUCAGUGCUGCCAAUCAGUGCCACCUAUCAGUGCCAGUCAAUGCCGCCUAUCAGUGCGAGUCAGUGCCAGUCAGUGCCGCCUAUCAGUGCCAGUUAGUGCUGCCUAACAGUGGCAGUCAGUGCCGCCUGUCAGUGCCAGUCAGUGCUGCCUAUCAGUGCUGCCUAUCAGUGCCAUAUAUCAGUGUCAUGUAUCAGUGCUGCCUUUCAGUGCCCAUCAGUGAUGCCUGUCAAUGCCUAACAGUGCAACCUACCAGUGCCUCCUCAUCAGUGCCCAUCUGUGCCACCUAUCAG